CGAUACCAAAAUAAAACUUUUUACAUCACUAACUUUUUUUAUCGCUUUGUUGGUAGCAUUGAUUUGAUUUGACUUGACGUUUCGUAAAAUGUUUUAUUUUUGUAUCAAAUUAGUUGUGGUCUUUAACUAGUUUUUAAUUAUAGUUUCCUACACCGUUAGUCCUUCAGAGACUGCUGUCUUCCAUAAUAUAAGUGAAAAUGAUGAUUUCGCGGUCGAAGCACCGCUCGUCGGUGGAGGUGUGUGCAGAUUGCGGAGCAUCGGAUCCGUCGUGGGCGUCGAUCAACCGAGGUCUGCUACUGUGUGCGGAAUGCUGCAGCGUGCACCGCAGCAUGGGACGCCAUAUAUCACAUGUCAAGUCCCUGCGGCAGGGCACUUGGCCACCGUCACUUCUGGCUAUGGUCCAAGCUCUCACCGCUCAGAAUGUGAACAGCAUAUGGGAACACUCCCUACUUGACACAUCGGCACCCAAACAUCUCCGCAAGAAGCCGCAAGCUAAAGAUCCUUUACACCCUAUAAAAUCGGAGUUCAUCCUAUCGAAGCACCUCCGGUUAGCCUACGUGCUGCGAGCACGGCGGGACGAGCCCCCGGCGGAGCUGGCGCGGCAGCUGCACAGCGCAGUCCGGAGCGCCUCGCUCGAUACCGCCAUGCGGCUGCUGGCGCAGGGCGCGGACCCUAACUACUACCAUCAGGAGAAAGGCAACACCUGCCUGCACGUGGCGUGCCGGGCGGGGCAGCCCGCGCAGGCCGAGCUGCUGGCGGCGUGGGGCGCCGACCCCACCGCGCGCGACCGCGACGGACUUACGCCUAUUGAUGCUGCCAGACAAGGCGGGCACACAGAGCUCGCCGCCCGAAUGGUGGAACUAGUAUACGAAGCCACCGACCGCCUCAUACAGUUCCUGACCGGUUCGCGCCCGGACCACGCCACGGGGAAACACUUCGCUGUCCCACGAGCCUCGGAUGCGCACGAGAUGACUGAUGUGGCUAAGGCUGCGAGGGGAAAAUUGCAACUUCUACCGAAUCACUUAUUUGAAGAGCUAGUAAUGGACAUCUAUGACGAAAUCGACCGGAGAGAAACCGAAGCCAUAUGGCAGACCAGCGGAACGGGACUAGAGCGAUGCGGCGUCGUGUUCCUCCCAGUGAACCCGGCGUUAUCAGCGCCGCGGAACCAGGGCAGGCAGAAGCUGGCGCGGUUAUCCUGCGUGGAACUCGGCGCCCUCUGUCGGGACGUGUUGCUGGACGCUACUCGUCGUCAGCACAUCGCUUCGCUGCACCCUCACGCAUUAAUGGGCCCGCUAAACCCGCUGCUGUCAGCGAGCCACUUGAAGCACGUAUCUCAUAUGUCAGACGACGAGCCGCUCUACGACUCCGUCGCUUCGGACGACGAUUACGCUGCGCUCGCACCCAUAGAUCUUGAUAUGGGCUUAGACCCGCGCGCCGGUGAGACCGUGUCUUCAACGUACAAUCCUUCUCUCCCCAUCGAGCACUCCACCACCUCUGAUCUCCGCUUCACUUCUCUACACGGCAAAGAUGUCCACUCGCUAAAGAAAGAACUAGACAGCAGAGAUUCUACAAUUACAGAGCUUAAGAACCAACUAAAGAAUCUACAAACCAUAGUCGAGCAACUCACUAAAGAAAACAGCGUUUUAAAAACAAACAGCAUAGACGACAACAGCCUAACCUCACAAACAGAUAUAACCGACAACGUUUCUAGCUUCGACAAUGGCUUAGAUACGGCCUGCAAGCCUCCCGAGAGGGGCCGGAGUCUCGAGACAGACCAACUCACGCUUAGCGCCGAAGAGGCGGACUUAAAGCAGGCCCUCAAGAGCUGCCAGCGACCGCUAACGACCCUAUCGAGCCUCGAUCGCUCGCUGACACAGAGCGUGUUAGAAUCUAGUGAAGUACUACCUACAGCAGAAAUGGUACAUCGACGAGCUGAGGCGGUGACGCGCGGCAUACAGGAACUGUGGGCGGCGGCGCGAGAGCUCGGCCCCGCGAGCCUGAGUGAGCGUGCUGAGGGCAUACGCAAGUCGGUUAGGGCGCUACUCACACUGUUUCCACAGACAUGUUCAGACUGCGAGUUAGAGGUGGUGCUGAGCUCUCUGCGCACGGGCGGCGACGCGCUCACCGCGGCGUGCGGCGCGGACGACAAAGGCGAAUUCAUCAAAGCAGCAAGAGAAAUAUAUCAACUGGACGAUACCGACAGCGAAUCAGACGAAGAAGAACCAACACCUCGAAUCGACGAGCAAACGGCAUCUCAAGAUGAUAUUGGCCUCGCUUGGCACAAGAUGUUACGAAGACCGAAACGAAAACGAUGA